CAGAGAUCUCUCUCAUGAUGGCGACAACCAACGACCAGUACAAGCGUGUUAUCCUUGUUACCGGGUCCAACGAUGGGAUUGGCUACGAGCUUGUCAGACUCCUAGCUGAGAAAGGCCACACCGUUUAUCUGGCGUCGAGGAAUGAAACGUCUGGAAGAGCAGCACAGGCCAACUUGAAGGACCAAUACAACCUCGAGGUCAAAUUGGUCCAGCUCGAUGUAACAGACGUUGCCUCGAUCCAAGCAGCGAAGGAUACCAUUGAGAAAGCAGAAGGAAGAUUAGAUACACUCGUAAACAACGCGGGUAUGAGCUAUAUGUCAGAACCCCAAGGAUCCUGCACCGUCUCAGUCGACACGCUUCGAAAGACUUUCGAGCCCAACUUUUUCGGGCUCGUCCAGACCACCCAGGCAUUCGUCCCUCUCCUCCGAGCGGCACCGAAAGGCUACGCCUGCAUUCUGAACGUCUCGAUGGCGCUAGCAUCAAACACGCGCCAAGCUGGUCCCGGACCAACAUUGCACCUCGCUGCAUACAACUCGAGCAAGGCUGCCAUGAAUUCAUACUCGAUUAUAUUGGCGAAGGAUUUGGAGGCGGAAGACAUCAAGGUUAACAUGGUAUGUCCCGGGUUUGUGACGACCAAGUUGAAUGGGUAUCGCCCUGGAGGCAAGAAGCCAGAGGACGGAGCGAAGGCGCUUCUGUCGUGGGCUUCGUUAGGCCCAGAAGACAAGGGAAAGACUUGUCUGUUUUGGGGGGAUGAUGGACAUUUCCCUUGGUAGCUUGUGUCUACUAUAUUUACAAGGUCUACAGAGGUCGUUCGGGUGUCAGUGGUCUGAUAAAUAUAUUAUAUUUCAUAAAUCACAAGACCUUCGUACAUCUGCGGUAGAUAAGAUGGCC